AUGUCAGGAGGAAACGAAAACGUCAAACAUGAAGUCGUGUGAUCCCUUCGCUACGAGUUAGUGUCUAUGUCGUCGCACAUUUGGCGACAUGGCCGGAAAGAUGCAGCAGCUCAGUGAGUCUGUGGUGAUCCGCAGCCUCAGGAGCUUCAGAGACGCUUAUUUCUCAAACAGCCGAGGAGCAGUGAACCGAGACAUGACAGCAGCUGGAGACACGGGGGACGAAGACACAGAGCCGGGGCUGUUGGACAGUUUACCGGUGGACCUGCAGUUCCUCAUCAUGACCCUUCUGUCUCCUGCCGAUAUCUGCCGACUGGGAGCCACCAGUCGCUACUGGCGGGCCAUGGUUAGAGAUCCAAUACUGUGGAGGUAUUUCCUGCUCAGAGACAUGCCGCACUGGUCCUCCAUUGAUCAUUUGACAAUGCCCCAGCUGGAGAUGUUGAAUGCACCGAUAAUCAGUGAAGACGAGAGCCUGGCUGAAGGAGAGGACAAAGGGAUGGAAUCAAAAUGUGACUUCAUGUCAGAAUACCUGAGGGGCUGCCCAUCCUGCAGGCAGCAGUGGCUUCCUUCACGGCCAGCGUAUGUGCGUGUGACCUCAUUUCUUCAGUCUCUGGUGCCCUCGUCUGAGCCACGUUAUGCCAUGUUUGGCCCCGGCAUGGAACACCUGGAUGUUUCUUUAGUCACGCGGCUCAUGUAUGCACCAGAAGUGCUUCCUGUGUCGGGCACUCCUCAAAGACAGAUAAACGGUAUUGGCUCAGGGAUCAGUUACAUGUUCAACAACCAACACAAAUUUAAUAUCCUGACUCUGUACUCAACCAAUAGGGCAGAAAGGGAACGAGCCAGAGUGGAGCAGCGGAGCAUCAAUAAUAAACUUUUUAUCAUUGAUGGAACAGAUGAGUCAGGUUCCCCCAUCUACAGCCCUGCCCCUCAGGUCCAGCAAGUGUGGCAGGUGGUGGAUGGUUUCAUCUAUGUCGCCAACGCAGAGCCAGGAAGAGACGGGGGGCAGUCCGAGGUGGCUCAGAUCCAGGCUGUGCUGAGCCCAGCGAGGGGCUCCACAUCCAGGCCUUUGCUGGUGCUCUCCUGUGUCUCCAGAGAAGAACCGGAAGCUGUUAGCGCUACCAGUCAGCAGAGCAGUUCACACAGAAACACAGCCAUGCGUCGAACUCCCUGUGUUGAGAUGGCAAAAAGACUCGGCCUACAUCAAGUGGCCAACCCCUGGAUGGUGCAGGAUACGGUGGCAGAAUCCCUGUCAGGGAUACUGGAUGGCAUUUCCUGGCUGCUGAGAUGUUCUGGAGUCAAACUACGGUAGCUAGUUCCCUCAACUCCUGUUGCCUCCAGAUGGAUUAAAAACACAGACCUGACGGCUGCAUUAUCCCGACUUCAAAACACACUGGGGCAUUUGCUGAGAAAUGUGCACCACAUGUACGCCUACUUUGUCAGGACUGGAGUGCUGCCUGUGACGGCUAAUGAAUUGGAUGAGCAACAGAAGAGACUGACUAUUAUUCAUCUGGAAGAGCUGACGCAGACUCUGUUCUUCAUAAUAGUAAUAAACUUAGUUUAUAUAGCACAAAACAACCACUACAAAGUGCUUCACAAUCAAGAACAAGCAACAGACAGCAGGGAACAAUCAUAGCCGGCACACAAAGAACUUCGGUUUGAUGUAAUGAUAAAAUAAUGAAGAAAAUUGGAGACCUUGGAGAAACAGAUAAAAUAAAUAACAGAAAAAUUAUUGAGUAAAAAGCUUGAAGUGAAAAACAAUAAUUUGACAAAGUAGAAAUAAUAUUUUGAUGAAGUAUACUUAGAGAAGGCAGUGAAUCUUCCUGCCUAUAGGUUCUCCUGGUAGGUGACGGUAUAAAUAUGAAUUACAGUAAGAUAGAAAAUCAAAGUGACUCCACAAACUGGUUUGAUCAACAUUGUGUUUGGAAGGAACCGAAGCGUUAGUUAUUUUGGAUGUAAGAACACGGUGGGUUCAGGUUUAUUUUAUUUGAAGAGA